UCCCCGAGCCUAUAAAUAUGGAAUCCGCUGCAGUUGACGUUAGGAAUUGUCAAGAGACAAGCGAAUUAAAAAGCGAUACUGAGCAUUACUCUACUUACCUGCGAGUAUCUUAGUGCUGUUAUUUGUGUAUAUCGUGAUUGCUGAAUUGAGUUUCUGUUAAAGAGUGCAAGUUGUUAUUGUUUGAAGACUGAACGUUUGUUUACAAACAAAGUACGUUCUGCUGUUAACUGAUUGUGGACAUCAAGCUACCAGAGUUUACCUUCGAAGAAACUGUUUUCUCCGGAAUGCCAUCUUCAAAAGCACCAGCAAUUGGCAUCGACUUGGGAACGACUUAUUCCUGUGUCGGUGUUUUCCAGCAUGGAGCUGUUGAAAUAAUCGCCAAUGAUCAAGGCAAUCGCACAACUCCAAGUUACGUGGCUUUCACUGAGACCGAGCGCCUCAUCGGCGAUGCUGCCAAAUCUCAAGUUGCCUUGAAUCCUGAAAAUACAGUCUUCGAUGCCAAGAGGCUCAUCGGCAGGAAGUACGAUGACCCAAAGAUCCAGCAAGACAUAAAGCACUGGCCUUUCAAAGUCGUAAAUCAUGGAGGAAAGCCAAAGAUUUCUGUAGAAUUCAAAGGGGAACGCAAGCUCUUCAACCCUGAGGAGAUAAGUGCCAUGGUAUUGACGAAAAUGAAAGAGACUGCUGAAAUGUAUUUAGGCCAGAAAGUGACUGAUGCAGUAAUUACAGUUCCUGCAUAUUUUAAUGAUUCUCAAAGACAAGCUACUAAAGAUGCUGGAAAAAUUGCUGGAUUGAAUGUAUUGAGGAUAAUUAACGAACCGACUGCUGCUGCCCUUGCAUAUGGACUUGAUAAGAAUCUACAUGGAGAGAAGAAUGUUCUCAUCUUUGAUUUGGGCGGAGGAACUUUCGACGUGUCUGUUCUGACCAUCGAUGAAGGGUCUCUGUUUGAAGUACGUUCAACGGCUGGCGACACCCACCUUGGUGGAGAAGAUUUUGAUAAUAGAAUGGUAGCACAUUUUGUGGAAGAAUUUAAACGUAAACACAGGAAAGACCUUAGAUCUAGUCCAAGAGCUUUAAGAAGAUUGAGAACUGCUUGUGAAAGAGCUAAGAGAACUCUGUCCAGCAGUGCCGAAGCAAGCAUUGAAAUUGAUGCUUUGUUUGAAGGUAUAGACUUUUAUUCCAAGAUAAGUCGAGCAAGAUUCGAAGAAUUGUGUAUGGACCUCUUCCGUUCUACCUUGGAACCUGUCGAACGUGCCCUCAAAGAUGCUAAGCUUGAUAAGAGUAGUAUCCAUGAUGUAGUUCUUGUAGGUGGUUCUACUCGCAUUCCAAAAAUCCAAAAGAUGCUUAAAGACUUCUUCAACGGUAAAGAGUUAUGCAUGUCUAUCAAUCCCGAUGAAGCAGUUGCUUAUGGUGCUGCAGUUCAAGCAGCCGUUUUGACUGGAAGCACGGAUGAAAAAAUCCGAGAUGUGCUUCUUGUAGACGUUGCUCCUCUUUCCCUUGGCAUCGAAACAGCUGGUGGAGUCAUGACAAAAAUUAUAGAAAGAAACUCCCGCAUUCCAUGCAAAACUUCCCAGACAUUCACCACUUAUUCCGACAAUCAACCUGCUGUCGACAUUCAAGUGUAUGAAGGAGAACGGGCCAUGACAAAAGACAAUCAUCUACUUGGCAGGUUCCAGCUUUCUGGAAUACCACCUGCUCCCAGAGGAGUACCUCAGAUCGAAGUUACCUUUGAUCUGGAUGCUAAUGGAAUCUUGAAUGUAUCAGCCAUGGAUAAGAGCUCGGGUAACUCUCGUAGCAUUCGCAUCACCAACGACAAGGGUCGUUUGUCCAAAGAGGAGAUAGAAAGGAUGCUGAAUGAAGCAAAGCAGUAUGAACGAGAAGAUGCAGAGCAACGGGAAAGAGUUCAGGCUAGGAAUUCUCUUGAAAGCUAUGUGUAUUCUGUGAAACAGGCAGCUGACUCUGCAAGCGACGACCGUUUGUCAGCAUCUGACAAAGCAAAAGUGAAACAGAGCUGUGAUACUAUCAUCCAGUGGUUGGAUAAUAACACGUUAGCAGAGAAAGAGGAAAUUGAACACAAAAUGAAAGAAGUGCAAUCUGAAUUGUCUCCUAUCAUGAUGAAACUUCAUCAGGGUGGACAACAGAACAUGGGUAGCAGUCAGUCUGCGAAUGCCAGUACCGGACCAACUAUUGAGGAAGUGGACUAAGGCUAGUAAGCUAAUUUAAUUUUAAAUGUUUGUAGUAAUAUGAACAAAAUUAUCACCUGUAAUAUUUUCAUAAUGGACUGUGAUUGUAUGUAAUAAUGUAUGUUAAACAUCUGUUGUUCCUAACAUUUGCAGAAUGUUGCAUUAAUGUGUUUUAUGAUGGACUGUGAUUGUAUAUACUAGUAUAUGUUAAAUAUCUGUUAUUCCAAAUGUUUGCAGAAUGUUCCAUUGAUGUGUUAUAUUUAUUAAAUUAUGCU